AUGUUAUUCACUAUCAUUUUACUGUUAUUGACUCCCAAUGCUACUGGUUUCAUAGUUGGAGGUUGUAUUGGACCUAAAUCUGUUUUAGAAAAGUAUCUGACGAACGAAGACCGUCGUGAGUUGAGACGUCUUGUUCAUACAGAGUUCGAUGGCUCAAAUGUCGAUCAGAUUCUACAGAAAGUCAACUCGUUCGUAUACCAAAAGAUCACCUUGGAACAAUGGCGUUCAAUCCUUCCGUACAUAAAGCAAUAUCAAGAGAAGAAGUAUGAGUGCUCUGUGUAUGCUCAGCUACUCCCAACAGACAUCUAUAAGACGCUGAUGACAUCAGUUUGGCGGGCAACUGAGACUGGCGCUUCUAAGUAUGAAGUUAAACGAUUAGUAGAAGAUUAUUUGGAAAGACUUAUCAAAGCUGGGAAAUUAGAAAUAAAAGCCAGCGCUGUUUCGACCAAAUCUCCAAUCAAACCCGCAACCCAUAUAGAACGAUCUUUGCCAAUCCCAAGAGCCAAAGAGAUCCCUGAGUACUCAAAAUAUCAGAAUAACUUAGCCUAUCUGCGUGGCCCUCCAUUUGCUCUCCCACGUGUUCCUCCGAAACAGAAUGUACCAAUGUUUCCUUUAGUUGAUCCAUUUCCUUGCGGCCAGAGACUUCAGUAUUACUCUGAACAUGAAUGA